AUGAAUUUAACAUUUCCAAAGAGUGGGGAUUUGUUUUACCGAAUCCAUUGUCUGAUCUACCAAAAAUGUACCAACCUUGGAUGGAUAUUGCAAACAACUUAACCCAUUUGAUUGAACAUCAUCAGCUUCGUUGUGAAGUCAACAAUAUGCAACUCCUGAGCACAGAUUUUCUCAGCGGGUAUAAACAGCUACGGUUGGCACACUUGGCACUCAGCUUUAUUACAAUGGGCUAUGUGUGGCAGGAGGGAGAACACAACAUUGCAAAGGUAUUGCCCAAGAGCCUUGCAGUGCCAUAUUGUGAAGUGUCCAAAAUCCUUGGUCUACCGCCUAUCUUAGUUCAUGCAGACUGUGUUUUAACAAAUUGGAAGAAAAAAGAUGCCAAUGGGACAAUGGAGCUGAGAAAUUUGGACAUUAUCUUCAAAUUGCCAGGAGGCGACAGCAUUAAAGGAUUCUUCCUGGUGACACUCGAGGUGGAACUGGCAGCUGUGCAAGGCAUCAAGGCUAUUUCCAUUGCAACUGAAGGAAUACUGAGACAUGAUGAUGAUUCAAUUAAAAAUGCUUUACACGAUAUGGCUGAAUCAAUUAGGAAGAUGAAUCAAUCUCUGAAGAAGAUGGAUGAGCAUGUGGAUCCUGAGACUUUCUAUGGGAUAAUUCGACUCUUUCUUUCUGGUUGGAAGGAUAAUCCAGCCUUUCCAGAAGGCUUGUUGUAUGAAGAAGUGUGGGAUAAACCUAGGUUCUUCUCAGGUGGGAGUGCUGCACAAAGUUCCACUCUGCAAUCCUUUGACGAGUUUUUGAGAAUACGUCAUGAGGAAAAAAGUGCUGAAUUCUUGUACCGGAUGAGGGACUACAUGCCUCCUUCACACAAGGCUUUCCUCCAAGCAAUUGCCUCAGGACCAUCUGUGCGAGAGCACAUCAUGCUCAACAGAAAUCCUGCUCUCCGUGAGCUGUACAAUGAUUGCAUAGCUGCGCUUGUUGAUCUGAGGAACUAUCACAUUACAGUCGUCACUCGGUAUAUCACGAUAACUGCAGCCAAAGCAAAAGCAGAGAAAGCCAAGCAAAACAGCUCAGCACUUUUUUUACAGAAGGCCCCAGCUGCCUUAGCUGAACGGGGAACGGGUGGAUCAGAAAUCAUGUGUUUGCUUAAAAGUGUCCGAGAUACGACUAAGAAAGUAAUGAUCGAUAACAUUUGGUGA